UCUGAUACCAGGCCACUCCAGAAACCUAGUUUUAGUUCUGUAGGUCAGCCCAAUAACCAACAAGCCAGCUACCGGCCUAUGAGCUGGCCCAGUAAGCAACAACCAGAACAAGGCAGCUACCAGCCUGUGAGCAAGCCCAGUGAGUCUGUACAAGCAAGCCAUCAGCCCAGUGGGCCACAAGAACAGACCAGCAACCAGCCUGUGGACCAUAUCAGUGGGCUGCAACCAGAACAAGCCAGCUACCAGUCUGUGGCCCAGCCAAGUGUCCAACAACCUGCACAGACCAGCUACCCAUCUGUGGAUCAGCCCAGUGGGCCACAAACCGAACAAGCUAGUUUCCAGCCCAGUGGGCUCCCACCAGUCCAAGCCAGCUACCAGUCUGGAACUCAGCCCAGUGGAUUGACCCUCUUCAAGCCCCCCAAAAAUACGUUUCAAUUUGGCUCCCUGGUAUUUUCCGGUACCAGGCCACUACUGAAACCAAGUUUUAGCUCUGUAGUUCAGUCCAAUAACCAACAAGCAAGCUAUCAGCCUGUGAGCCAGCCCAGUGGACCAGAACAAAUGAGCCAACCCAGUGGGCCGCAGACAGAACAAGCCAGCUACCAGCCUGGGAGCCAUCCCAGUGGACAACAACCAGAACAAGCAAGCUACAAGCCUGUGAGACAGCCCAGUGGGCCACAACCUGAACAAGCCAGCUAUCUCUCUGGAGCUCAGCCCAUUGGCUUAACUCUCAAGCCCCAAAAAGGUAGAUUUCAAUUUGGCUCCCUGGCCGCUUCUGAUACCAGGCCACUCCAGAAACCUAGUUUUAGUUCUGUAGGUCAGCCCAAUAACCAACAAGCCAGCUACCGGCCUAUGAGCUGGCCCAGUAAGCAACAACCAGAACAAGGCAGCUACCAGCCUGUGAGCAAGCCCAGUGAGUCUGUACAAGCAAGCCAUCAGCCCAGUGGGCCACAAGAACAGACCAGCAACCAGCCUGUGGACCAUAUCAGUGGGCUGCAACCAGAACAAGCCAGCUACCAGUCUGUGGCCCAGCCAAGUGUCCAACAAACUGCACAGACCAGCUACCCAUCUGUGGGUCAGCCCAGUUGGCCACAAACCGAACAAGCUAGUUUCCAGCCCAGUGGGCUCCAACCAGUACAAGCCAGCUACCAGCCUGGAACUCAGCCCAGUGGAUUGACCCUCUUCAAGCCCCCCAAAAAUACGUUUCAAUUUGGCUCCCUGGUAUUUUCCGGUACCAGGCCACUACUGAAACCAAGUUUUAGCUCUGUAGUUCAGUCCAAUAACCAACAAGCAAGCUAUCAGCCUGUGAGCCAGCCCAAUGGGCCAGAACUAGUGAGCCAGCCCAAUGGACCAGAACAAAUGAGCCAGCCCAGUGGGCCGCAGACAGAACAAGCCAGCUACCAGCCUGGGAACCAUCCCAGUGGGCAACAACCAGAACAAGCAAGCUACAAGCCUGUGAGACAGCCCAGUGGGCCACAACCUGAACAAGCCAGCUAUCUAUCUGGAGCUCAGCCCAGUGGCUUAACUCUCAAGCCCCAAAAAGGUAGAUUUCAAUUUGGCUCCCUGGCCGCUUCUGGUACCAGGCCACUCCAGAAACCUAGUUUUAGCCAUGUAGGUCAGCCCAGUAACCAACAAGCCAGCUACCAGCCUAUGAGCCGGCCAAGUGGGCAACAAACAGAACAAGCCAUCUACCAGCCUGUGAGCAAGCCCAGUGUGUCAGGUCAAGCCAGCUACCAGCCCAGUGGGCCACAAGAACAAACCAGCUACCAGCCUGUUGCUCAGCCCAGUUUCCAACAACUUGCACAGACUAGCUACCCAUCUGUGGGUCAGCCCAGUGGGCCACAAACUGAACAAGUUAGUUUCCAGCCCAGUGGGCUCCAACCAGUACAAACCAUCUACCAGUCUGGAACUCAGCCCAGUGGAUUGACCCUCUUCAAGCCCCCAAAAAAUACAUUUCAAUUUGGCUCCCUGGUAUUUUCCGGUACCAGGCCACUCCAGAAACCUAGUUUUAGCUCAGUAGUUCAGUCCAAUAACCAACAAGCAAGCUACCAGCCUGUGAGACAGCUCAAUGGGCCACAACCAGCACAAGUGAGCCAGCCCAGUGGACCACAGACAGAACAAGCCAGCUACCAGCCCAGUGGGCCACAGACAGAACAAGCCAGCUACCAGCCUGUGAGUCCACCCAGUCGGCAACAACCAGAACAAACAAGCUACAAGCCUGUGAUACAGCCCAGUGGGCCACAACCCGAACAAGCCAGCUAUCCAUCUGAAACUCAGCCCAGUGGCUUGACUCUCAAGCCCAAAAAAGGUAGAUAUCAAUUUGGCUCUCUGGUCUUUUCUGGUACCAGGCCACUCCAGAAGCCUAGUUUUAGCUCUGUAGUUCAGCCCAAUAACCAACAACCCAGCUACCAGCCUGUGGACCAGAUCAGUGGGUUGCAACCAGAACAAGCCAGCUACCAGUCUGUAGCCCAGCCUAGUGUCCAACAACCUGCACAGACCAGCUACCCACCAGUGGGUCAGCCCAGUGAGCAACACCCAGAACAGGCCAGCUACCAGCCUGUGAGCCAGCCCAGUGAGCCAGAACAAGCCAGCUACCCAUCUGUGAGCCAGCCCAGUGGGCUCCAACCAAUACAAGCCAGCUACCAAUUUGUGGCCCAGCCUAUUGUCCAACAACCAGUACAAGCCAGCAACCAGUCUGUGAGCCAGCCCAAAGACUUCGCCGUCUUCCAAUCCAGCAGCUGUUCAACAGUUAACCACUGA